AUGCUAUCAUCUCGCUUGCGGCAUCUUCGAGGACUCGGGCUUCGCAGAGAAGAUAGAAAUAACAGGGACCAAAAGCCCUUUAAGCUUCGCUCGGCAGACCGCAAACUGUACAGACAUCUAAUCUACACCGUUCCGACUUGCUCUAAUCCUUCGGGCGUCACCAUGUCCUUGGAGAGGCGGGAAGGCCUCAUCAAGCUUGCGCGAAUGUACGACGCUCUCAUCAUUAGCGACGACGUUUACGACCUCCUGCAAUGGUCGACGGUUAUACCAGUGACGACGCGCGAUCGACGACCUGAGAUGAGACUCCCACGCCUCUGCGACAUUGAUCGCGCCUUGGGGCCCUGUGUCGACGACCCUCACGGAUUUGGCCACGCCGUCAGCAACGGCUCUUUUAGCAAAAUCGCUGGCCCAAGCCUACGCACCGGCUGGGCUGAAGCCUCGCCAGCGUUUAUUACGGGCAUCGCGCACGCCGCAUCCACACGAUCGGGCGGCGCGCCUAGUCAGCUCUGUGCGGCAAUGCUGGCGGACAUUAUAGGAACUGGGCAGCUGCAAGGAUUCGUGGACGAGACAGUGCGACCUGCUCUGCAGCGACGCCAUAGGCUAAUGAUGGAUGCGAUUCACACGCACCUUUCGCCACUGGGUGUGAAAGUGCGGGCGAGCAGCCUCAGAGGUUACGACAUUUCUGGUGGUUAUUUUGUGUGGCUGGAUGUGAGCAGUGAAUUUUCGACAAACUUCAUCGCCGACAUGUUGAGAUAUGAGGAAGACAUCGUCAUUGGCCAUGGUCAAAUGUUUGCCGUACAUGGGGACGAUAAAAGUGCAAAUUUCGCCAAAUGUAUUCGCCUCAGUUUCUCCUGGGAAGCAGAGGAAGAUAUUGCGGACGGUAUCAAGCGGAUUGGCCAGAUGCUUUUGCGGAUGAACGAGAAAUCGAAGUAUUAUCUUGAGCUAGCAUCUACUUUGAGGGGCCAGGAGUAA